AGUGUUCCGUGAAGGUAUUGAUCAAAUACCUGGACCGUGGAGGGCUGCGACUAGACGCUGAACGGAUAUCGUUGAAGAACUCACCAGCACGAUGAUGGAACUAUCGGAUCUUCCGAACGAGCUUUUAGGCAAAAUCUUUUCCCAGUUACCGGUGGAUGAACUGGUGACGGUUUCGCUGGUCUGUACGGCCUGGAGUGACAUAAUCCGUAGCUUCAUCCUACCGAAGCAUGCCGUCCUGCACUUACGCCCUGUGCACCCCGUCACCCACCAGCUGGUCCCUAUGGAAGCGCUACUCAUGGAGCAGAGCAUCAAGCCGUACCCAAAGUGUCACGUGAAGCUUACUAUUCCCAACGGAGAUCUACCGCAAUCGACGGAGUUCCAGGAGUAUUUCCGUCGACAGGGUAAUAGCUUGAAGUCUUUGGCUCUUCAGCUGCCAGAGCUGAGCGAGGAUGUGCUACAAGUAUUUCCGACACUUUCCACCUUGGAGAAGCUGUGCCUGACGAGCGAAUCGGGCUCGGCUUAUGGUGUCAUUCCGGGAAACCUGGCCACAGGGUUACGCUCGCUCAAGUGUCUCCGCCAUUUGAAGCUCCAUCUGCCGACUCAUUCUAUCUUGCGCAGUCUUUCGAUGUUACAAGCUGCUCCUCUGGUGUCACUGACGUUCGAACGGUUCGAGAUGGAACUGCAUCACCUGCGGGUACUGCUGAACGAUCAUCAGGGGACAUUGCGUGAGCUGACGGUGCGUGUAGAGGAGAUGAAACCCCUGCUCGCGCUGCUUAACUCCUACGAGAAGCUGAGUCUCGUUAAACUAAACCUCAAAUCCGGUGGCAAUGAGGAUGAUUUCUCUGCUGCAUUGAUUGAGCUGUACGAUCGGCAAUCGGCACAGCUUCGUUCGUUGACGAUUGGUUCGGAGUUAUCGCUCCGUGCCGUUGAUGCCAUACCCAAGAAGCUACCGGAUCUCCAGGAACUGGACAUUAUUGCCGAGAGCAUUAACAAUUGUCGGGCGUUCGGUGAGAUGCGCCAUCUGCGGCGGCUCACGAUGUGCCUGUAUGAUGUGCGUGCUUGGGAUGAAACGGUGGCCAUCGAAAGUGUCAGCGACCUCUCGCUGGCCGUCACAUUUCCGCUAAUUUCGCCCGCCAUCUUUUGUUCCUUUCCCAAUCUACACCGGUUGUAUCUGGAGGACGUUGACGACGAGACGCUUAUGCGAGACAUUGUCGUCGUGCGCACGCUGAUGCAGAAGAUGGCCAAAGUUCGGGUGCUGGAUUUGGAGAACUUUGUAUUUCGCGAGCGUGAAAUACUGAACGACGGUGUACUGCGGUUCGAAGAGAUGGAAAACCUGGAGUGUUUGAAGUACAGCUGCCGCGAUAUGUCGGAUGCGUCGCUACUGACCUUCACGCUGCCGAACCUGCGCGAGCUGUGCCUUACCCACUGUCCGAAUGUUACGUUCAAAGGAGUGUCCUUUUUGGUACGAAACUGUCCACUGCUCGAGCGGUUGCAUCUGGAGUCGAACAAGCAUGAACUGCGUGAUGAUAGCAUUGGAUUGAUCACCCGGAAGCUGGUCCGUUUGCGAGGAUUGGUGCUGGUGAAUCUACGUGCACUGACCAAUGCGUCCGUAGAGGCGAUCAUUGAGAAUUGUUUCUACUUACAGGACUUGACUGUAACUCAUUGCGUUGGCAUUACGUUGGAUAAGGGGGAAGCGAUUGCGAAGCUAUCCGUUGUUAGUUCGUUAAAAAAUCUCGUCUAUUCGUAA